GAUGACUGUGCGCUUCUCACAUUCUCAGCUGGAAGUCAUCAACCAGCUCUUGUAAGUUUAUAUAGCUCCAUGGUUAUUUGAGCUGGGUCUGUGUCAGUCGCUCAAAAGGAGUUAAUAAGUCGCCAUUUUCAAAUCGCCAGUCUGCCGUAGACGAAAUGGAAUCAUCGUCGUCAAAAAAGAAAGGGCUUCUGGAACGUCUGGAAGAUGGUGUUGUUAUUGGUGAUGGAAGCUACGUCGUAAAUCUAGAGAAGCGAGGUUAUGUUACUGCUGGUAUGUGGACCCCAGAAGCAGUCCUCAAAUAUCCUGAAGCCGUGCUUCAGCUGCAUAGGGACUACCUACGAGCAGGUGCUGAUAUUCUCACCACAUUCACAUUCUACUCCAACGAUGAAAGAUUUAAAGUGCUUGAAGGUCAAACCAAUGGAACCCCGGGCAUGGACGGGCACAUUCAUGCUCGUGAUCUGAAUCUCAAGGCCUGUGACUUGGCCAGGCAAGUAGCAUCAGAAGGGGACGCUCUAGUUGCUGGUGGCUUCUCACCAGUCCGUCCAUUCAGUGAAGACAAGAGCAAGGAGCACAUCCAGGCGGAGUUCAAGAAGCAAGCGGACGUCUUCCAGGAGAAGAAAGUGGACUGUUUAUUGGGAGAGUUUUUUGGGACAGUGGAAGAGGCAGAGUGGGCGAUUGAGGUCAUGAAGACAUUGGACAUUCCAGUAGUCUGCUCCAUGAGAGUACCUCCCUCUGGGGAUGAGGAUGGUAUCCUGCCACAGGAGUGUGCUGUACGCAUGGCAAGAGCAGGUGCUGAUGUUGUUGGAGUUAACUGCAUGUAUGAUCCUACCAUUACACUAAAGACCCUCGCUCUGAUGAAACGGGGCUUAGAGGAGGCAGGGCUGAAGGCGUACCUCAUGGCUCAACCUGUUGGAUAUCACACCACAGAGGUUGAGAACGACCCUCGAGGGUACGUAGCACUCCCAGAGUUCCCAUUCGCCAUGGAACCGCGCUUACUGACACGUAUGGACGUCCACACAUUCACAAGGAAGGCAUAUGAGCUUGGAGUUAAAUAUAUUGGGGGCUGCUGUGGCUACGAGCCUUAUCAUAUAAGAGCAUCUGCAGAAGAGUUAGCAGCCGAGAGAGGUUGUAGGCCACCUGGUGCAGACAAUCACGAAGGUUUCAAAGCGCUUGAAAGAAGCAGCUUCAAAGAGCAAUGGGAAAGAGCUAACCCGGAGUACUGGGCCAACCUCGUUCCAGCAGCUGGAAGAAAAAUUAAAUUUCUAGCAACAGACUGACAGCUCCAAGGUUUUUCUUGCAUAAUGGUUUAAUCCCUAGAACAAAAAUAAAUGUAAUUCUAUCCAUUAUUAUUGUGAGAUAGGGUGCUAAUCUUAAGCAAACCCCUGUACGAGCUCAAGAUUAAAACCCUGUGUUUAUAGAAGGAUGAUAAAGCGCUUGGUCAUUUUAGGACAGUAUGCCAAAGCUGACUAUGCUAUGACAGCUAAUAACAUCUCAAUGUAAACAAGUUUGUAUAUAAACAUAAUUAUUGACCUCAAGGGUAAGUUGACCUUUAGAAUCUGGACUUCCAGGCACCCACGGUCGCUUUCACAAAGAAGUCUUUUAAAGGCACUGGACACCUUUGGUAAUUGUCAAAGACCAGUAUUCUCAACUCACAAUAGCGUAUCGAUGUGUUUAUUUUAAUCAAUGCGUUUACAUUAUGCCAACAGCAUUCCUUUAACGACGCUGGACACUAUUGGUAAUUGUCAAAGACUAGCCUUCACAGUUGGUGUAUCUCAACAUGUGCCCAAAAUAACA